AUGGACUAUCUCAAACACGUAUUUGGAAUAUUAACACUUCAAACUGGCACAAUUUUAUUGAGUUCAAUGUUUAUCACGAUGGCUAUAAAUGUUUUAUUAGUGAACAUAUUGGCAUUUGAUACAGAAGCGCGACUAGCCUGGAUUGUUAUGUUCUUGUUUAUUGGUUACAUGAUCGUGAUUUGGUUAAUAUCUUUUUAUGGCGCAUAUAAAGAAUCGCAGUGCGGGAUUACCACAGCGACUAUCUUGUGGACAAUUUAUAUAAUAAUUUGGUUAAUAUUGGUAAUUUUUUCAUUUAUAAAUGCACAGGCUAUUUGUCUUGAGGAUAGAUGUCCAGAUGUACUAUGGUUGUUAAGUAAUCCUUGGCAUGAAGAAAAGAGAGAAUGUAAUAAGAUUUUACAAAAUUCUUCAAAAAAUAACACACGAUCCUUAUAUGAAAAAACCAACAAACCUCAAAUAUAUGAUGAUAUGAUAAAAAGUGAGACGAAAAAUGAAAGGAAGCAACUUGCAACUACAAUUAGCAUUUCAAAUCAUGCGACAGUACCAUUUGCGAAGUUUGAAAAAUAUGAAAAUCGUUCUGAAAUCGAAACUUAUGAAGAAAAAUUAUUACUUAAAAAAUGUAUUGAAAUGCCCAUAGUACAAAAUAAAAAAGGACGUUUAUAUGUAUCAAUAAUAGUUUUAAUACUAUAUUUAUUAUUAAUAUGUUUUUCUUGGACGAUUCUAAUAAGUUAUCGAGAAGAAAUCAUACUCCAGAAAAAUCUCAACAUUUAA